UUUCAAGCAUGUGUUUAUUUUGCAACCGUCUUUCAAGCUAUGUCGUGUGGUAUCCAUUACUUAGCAUCUGUGUUCAUGGCUGUUACUCCUAAAUUUGUAUGUGGGAUCCCUGGAAAUGUGAGUACUAUUCUUUUCCACAACUCCUCUGAAUCAAGAAUAGAGGACAUCUGGACACUAUGGGCAUCAGCAGAAAAUUACAUUGUGGUCCAGCUGGAAAAUGGAGAAAUUUGGGAACUUGAUCAGUGCAGCAGGUCCAAAAGAGAAGUCACUUGGGAUCUGACAUAUGAAUAUGAAGGCAACAAGUCCGUAUUUUCUUGUUCUGAUGGAUUUCUCUAUGAUGAUACGAAGUGGAAGAGCACUGUUGUUACACAGUGGGAUCUGGUCUGUGACCGAGAAUGGCUUGCAAAAUUAAUCCAGCCUACAUUCAUGCUUGGAGUCUUGUUUGGAGCAGUGAUUUUUGGUGACAUUGCUGACAGACUGGGAAGACAGCGUGUUAUAUGGUUCACAAGUGCUGGUCAGUUUGUAUUUGGCAUCGCAGUGGCCUUCACAUUUGACUACUACAGUUUUGUGAUUGUGCGCUUUCUCCUUGCUAUGGUUUCAAGUGGCUAUCUGGUUGUGGCUUUUGUUUAUGUGACUGAAUUUGUUGGCAUUAAAGCACGAACCUGGGCUUCUAUGCAUGUCCAUGCUUUUUUUGCUAUGGGAAUUAUGGUUGUGGCGCUCGUGGGAUUUUUGGUUCGGACCUGGUGGGUCUAUCAGAUAUUUCUCUCUAUAGCAACUCUUCCCUUUAUCUUGUGCUGCUGGAUGCUCCCAGAAACACCUUUUUGGCUCCUGUCAAAGGAAAGAUACGAAGAUGCACAAAAAGUAAUUUAUAUAAUGGCAAGAUGGAAUAAAGUAAGCACUCCCUGCAAAGUUUCUGAACUCUACUCUGUCCAACAAGAUGAUCUAGUGAGUGGCAGAAUGAGUGACAGUGACACAUCCUCAACAAAGAAGCACAACAUCUUAGACCUGUUUUGUAACUGGCACAUUGCAAGAAGGACCAUCACAGUCUGGCUGAUCUGGUUCACUGGGAGCUUGGGGUACUACGUCUUCUCCCUCAGUUCUGUCAGUCUAGGAGGCAAUGAAUACUUAAAUCUAUUUCUUAUAGGUGCUGUGGAGUUGCCUUGCUAUAUCAUUGCUUGCAUUGGGAUGGACAAACUGGGAAGGAGAAACACACUCAUUCCGUUCCUUAUUUUAAGUGCACUGAUCUGUGUUUUAAUUAUGUUCAUACCUCAGGAUUUCAAUAUAUUAAUUAUCUUGGCAAAUAUGGCUGGAAAAUUUUCCAUAGGUGUGGCAUUUGGCCUUAUAUAUCUCUACACAGCAGAACUAUACCCAACAAUUGUAAGAUCACUUGCUGUUGGAAGUGGAAGCAUGAAUGUGGUUGCUCCUUUCUGUGUAUAUCUGAGAAGUGUUUGGAUUUUCAUGCCACUUUUGCUUGUUGGAAUCAUGGCUCUUCUGAGUGGAAUAUUAACCAUAAUGCUUCCAGAAACACUGGGGAAACCAUUGACUAAUACUUUGGUGGAAGCUACAGAAAUGGGAAGAAACAAGAAAAGCUGUUCAGAAAAGACUCCUCCAGCACACAGUGGUGCAGCAUUAGAAAAGAUAGAGAUGUUUGGUCAAGAAACAGUCAGCACUGAGAAAUAAAGCAACAGCAAAACGGCUGUUCCAAUUUUAAUCAUUACCUAAUUUAUAAGAUAUUUUUAUUCCAGAAAUGUUACUGUUCUAU